AUGUCUUCAGACGAACAUAAAUCUAAGCUUCUUCCCAACGCUGGUAUCGAUGGCCAGGAAGUGGAUCCCAAUCAUGACCCUGCCACCGCCAUUCUUCGUCGCAAGAACGCGCCCAACAAGCUUAUCGUGGAUGAUGCAACCAAUGACGACAACUCUGUAAUCACCUUGUCCAACGCUACCAUGGAAGCUCUCCAGCUCUUCAGAGGCGACACCGUCUUGGUCAAGGGAAAGAAGAGAAGAGACACCGUGCUGAUCGUCUUGGCAGAUGACGAUGUCGAGGAUAACAAGGCACGCGUCAACAAGGUUGUUCGCAACAACCUUCGCAUUCGUCUUGGCGACAUUGUCAGCAUCCAUCCUUGCCCUGAUAUCAAGUAUGGCAAGCGUAUCCACGUUCUUCCUAUUGAUGAUACCGUCGAGGGCUUGACCGGCAAUCUCUUUGAUACUUACCUCAAGCCUUACUUCUUGGAAGCCUACCGUCCUGUUCGUAAGGGUGAUCUUUUCCUUGUUCGUGGUGGUAUGCGUGCUGUGGAAUUCAAGGUUGUGGAAACCGAUCCUGCAGAUUACUGUAUUGUUGCACAAGAUACCGUCAUCCACUGUGAAGGUGAACCCAUUAAGCGUGAGGAUGAGGAACAAAGCUUGAACGAAGUCGGCUAUGAUGACAUUGGUGGUUGCCGCAAGCAAAUGGCCCAAAUCCGUGAAUUGGUCGAAUUGCCCUUACGUCAUCCUCAACUCUUCAAGUCCAUUGGUAUCAAGCCUCCUCGUGGUAUCCUCAUGUAUGGUCCUCCUGGUACUGGUAAAACCUUGAUCGCUCGUGCCGUUGCCAAUGAAACCGGUGCUUUCUUCUUUUUGAUCAAUGGUCCUGAAAUCAUGUCCAAGAUGGCUGGUGAAUCUGAAAGCAACUUGCGUAAGGCCUUUGAAGAAGCUGAGAAGAAUGCCCCUGCUAUCAUUUUCAUUGAUGAAAUUGAUGCUAUUGCUCCCAAGCGUGAGAAGACCAACGGUGAAGUCGAACGUCGUGUGGUGUCUCAGCUUUUGACGCUUAUGGAUGGCAUGAAGGCUCGCUCAAACGUUGUUGUUAUUGCAGCCACCAACCGCCCCAACUCCAUUGAUCCUGCCUUGCGUCGUUUCGGUCGUUUCGAUCGUGAAGUCGAUAUUGGCAUUCCCGAUCCUACUGGUCGUCUUGAGAUUCUCCGCAUCCACACCAAGAACAUGAAGCUUGAUGACGAAGUCGAUCUUGAACAAAUUGCUGCCGAGACUCACGGUUACGUUGGUGCUGAUAUGGCAUCCCUUUGCUCUGAAGCCGCUAUGCAACAAAUCCGUGAAAAGAUGGAUCUCAUUGACUUGGAAGAGGAAACCAUUGACGCUGAGAUCUUGGAUAGCUUGGCUGUUACCAUGGAGAACUUUAGAUAUGCUCUUGGUGUUUCCAACCCAUCUGCUUUGCGUGAAACCGUGGUCGAGGUGCCUACUGUCAACUGGAACGAUAUUGGUGGUUUGGAUAACGUCAAGCUCGAAUUGCAAGAAACCGUUCAAUACCCUGUUGAGCAUCCUGAGAAGUUCUUGAAGUUUGGUAUGAGCCCAUCCAAGGGUGUUCUUUUCUAUGGUCCUCCUGGUACUGGUAAGACCAUGCUUGCCAAGGCUAUUGCCAACGAAUGUCAAGCCAACUUUAUCUCCAUCAAGGGUCCCGAAUUGUUGACCAUGUGGUUCGGUGAAUCAGAAGCCAACGUUCGUGAUGUCUUUGACAAGGCACGUGCUGCUGCUCCUUGUGUGAUGUUCUUUGAUGAAUUGGAUUCCAUUGCCAAGGCUCGUGGUGGAUCCAUGGGUGAUGCUGGCGGUGCUGGUGAUCGUGUGCUCAAUCAAAUCUUGACCGAAAUGGAUGGUAUGAACGCAAAGAAGAACGUCUUCGUUAUUGGUGCUACCAACCGUCCUGAUCAAAUUGAUCCUGCCCUCUUGCGUCCUGGUCGUUUGGAUCAACUCAUCUACAUUCCUUUGCCUGAUGAGAGCUCUCGUCUUAACAUUCUUCAAGCACAACUCCGCAAAUCGCCUGUUUCCCCAGAGGUCGACCUUACUUACAUUGCCAAGAACACUGCCGGCUUCUCUGGUGCUGAUCUUUCUGAAAUUUGCCAACGAGCAGCCAAGCUUGCUAUUCGUGAAGAUAUUGAGCGUGAUAUUGCCAAGGAGAAGGAGCGUCAAGCUAGACAAGAAGCUGGUGAGGAUGUUGGUAUGGAGGAAGACGAUGAUGAAGAGGUUAUUUCAUAUAUCACCAAGGCACACUUUGAAGAGGCAAUGCGCUUUGCUCGCCGAUCAGUGAGUGAUGCUGAUAUUCGUCGUUACGAGAUGUUUGCACAAAACAUGCAACAACAGCGUGGCUUUGGUACCUUCAAGUUCCCUGAGAGCGGUAGCGGUAGCAACCAACCCAUGGAAACUGGCGGUGGUGAAAGCAGCUUUGGCCAAGAAGGUGGUGAUGACGACUUGUAUGCGUAA